AUCCCAAUCCAUUUCUCUAGUCGCCACCUCGUUUCUUCACUCACAUUUUCUCUCUCUAGAAAUCGAAAACACGAAUUUGUUGUGAUUCAAAAUGGCAGUGGAAGCAAGGCAUCUGAAUAAUCUCUUCUCUCCUCAGCUGAUUCAAGACAGAGAGGCGAUGAUGAACGCCUACAACUCGCAGUUCCUCGGCGUUCCUACCGCCGCGGCAUUGCCGGAGAAUCAGUUCUAUUAUCCGUCCGCGGCAGCGAAGACCUCCGUCAACACCGACAGCGGCGUCACCUUCAACAACAACAUCGCGAGAAAGCGCUCCAGAGAAGCCGAUUCCUUCAAUCAGUUCCAGAAUUUCGCGUCGCAGAAGGCGACAAUCGCCGGAGAGGAAAUCGUGCCGGGGAUCCAGCAGUAUCAGUACGAGAUCGACGCGAUCAUCACACAGCACACGAAGAAGAUACGAUCCGAGCUCGAAUCGCGGCAGAAGCAGCAGGCGCGGCUCCUCGCGGCGGCGAUCGGCGACGGCGUGGUGAAGAAAUUGAAGGAGAAGGACGAGCAGAUUCAGAGAAUGGCAAAGCUGAAUCUAGUCCUUCAGGAGCGCGUCAAAAGCCUCUACGUCGAGAAUCAGCUAUGGCGAGACUUAGCUCAAUCGAACGAAGCCACCGCCAAUUCUCUCCGCACCGAUCUCGAGCAAGUCCUCCACCACGUCGGAAACGGCGGAGGCGAGCAGCAUCUCUCCGCCGCCGAUGUCGCCGACGAGGAAUCCUGCUGCGGAAGCAGCAGAUCCGCCGAUGCAGAGGAAAACGACGACGGAAACAGUAGCGAGAGGAGGCGCUGCAGAUUGUGCGGAGAGAGAGAGGCUUCCGUUUUGCUGUUGCCGUGCCGGCAUCUCUGCCUCUGCUCCGCCUGCGGGAGUGGGUCCCAGCAGCUGCAGUCGUGCCCGGUGUGUAACUUUAGCAUGACCGCAACGCUGCAUGUUAACAUGUCAUGAUUUUUCUGUUUAAUUUUAUUCGAAAAGAGGGGAGAAAAUACACAUUUUGCGAUGUAAAUUAAUUAGCCAUAUGUAAAUUCGUUUUUUUAGGAAUUACUAAGAGAUUAUUAUUCUUUUUA